AACAAGUGCCCAAUGGGGAAAGCAUGCUGCCAAAAUGGAGUUUCAACUAGCAAUGGAGACAACAAUCAUGACAUGCAGGAAUUCAAUGGCUGUGCCACCACACCUCCCUUGUAUGACUCCACCCAGGAGCCUAUCUUCCCUCCAGAGCUGAAGCUGUAUUCAGGUCAGCUAAAUCAAGAGAACUUACAGUUCAAGUCAGACAGAGUGACCUGGUUGUCUCCCUUCUCCCUGCCAGAGUUGUUGUCCAUGAGGAGAAAGUACCCAGGCUGUAAGCUGGUCAGUGGAAACACGGAGAUAGGCAUACAGAUUGGUUCGGCACUGUCACUGACCAAGGUUAAUGAUGUCUUGAAAACAGCCAUCCAUGACUUGCCAGAGGACAAGACCAGGGUGUUUGCUGCAGUUGUAGAGAUGUUGAAGUGGUUUGCCGGGCAUCAGAUCCGCAGUGUUGCUUGUCUUGCAGGAAAUAUAAUGACUGCAAGUCCUAUAUCAGAUCUGAACCCUCUCCUUCUAGCUUGUAAGGCUGUAUUACAUGUGGCAGACCCAGAUGGUAACAUCCGAGAGGUGGUGAUAGAUGAGCAUUUCUUUACUGGUUACAGACAAACUUGCCUUAACUGUGGGGACACUUUGGUUAGUGUCACCAUUCCCUUCACUAAAACACAUGAAUACUUCUUUGGCUACAAACAAGCCAACCGUAAAGAGGAUGAUAUUGCUAUAGUGAAUGCUGGCAUGCGAGUGGAUCUGGGGGACACAGGGAGUCAUGUUGAAGACAUUAGUUUGGCAUUUGGGGGCAUGUCCGUUACAACUGUGCUGGCAACCAACACCAUGAAGGCUCUCACUGGAAGACCAUGGAAUGAUGACUUGCUGGAGACCGCCUGCUCCCAGGACAUGCUGCCUGCAGACCUGCCCCUGACUCCUGGCUCACCUGGAGGGAUGGUUGCUUAUCGGAGGACUCUGACACUUAGCUUCUUCUACAGGUUCUACUGCGCUGUCUCCCAGAGAGUCCAGCAGCUGGCAAAUCCAGAUGCAGUGUCAGACAUACCUCUUGGUCUCAGCUGUGGAAGUCAGGUGUACCACCCGCCCACAGCCAGCCAGGCAUCACACAGCCCAGUAGGACGCCCCAUAGUUCACAAGUCUGCCUUCAAACAAACCACAGGAGAGGCGACUUAUGUCGAUGAUAUCCCUGUUACAGAGGGAGAGCUGUUUGCUGGAUUCGUGAUGAGCCCUACAGCCCAUGCCAACAUUCUACACAUUGAUCCCUCUGAAGCAGUUACUGUACCGGGAGUUGUAGAUUUCAUCACAUACCAGGAUGUACCAGGAGACAAUAACUGGGAGGGAGAGCAUGAAUCUGUCUUUGCUCGCAACACAGUGCAGCAUGAGGGACAGAUACUUGGUGUGGUCUUGGCUGACAGUCUGGCUGUAGCCCAGAGAGCUGCAAGCCUGGUCAGGGUCCAGUUCAAGGAUCUCCAGCCAGUGGUUACCAUACAGGAUGCUAUAUGCCAGAACUCCUACCACGACCAUCCAGCCCAUGUGAUUCAGUGUGGAGAUGUCUCACGAGGAUUCUCACAGGCUGACCACAUCCUGCAGGGAGAGUUUCACCUGGAGGCACAGGAGCACUUCUACCUAGAGCCUCACGCUUGUAUUGUCUACCCCCAGGACACUGGGGAGUAUCAUGUUGUCUGUAUGACCCAGGGUCUGGACUCAAUACAGAUGCAAGUUGCCAAAGUUUUAGGAAUUUCAGCCAGUCAAGUGAAUGUCAGUGUCCGGAGAAUCGGCGGAGGCUUUGGAGGUAAGGAGACUCGGCAUGCCAACGUGGUGUUGCCAGUGGCAGUUGCAGCAUAUAAAACUCAAAGACCUGUCCGUGCAGUUCUGGACCGCUGUGAGGACAUGAGGCUGACUGGAACACGACAUCCUGCCCUGGCCAAGUAUAAGGGGGCUGCCAUCAUCAAUGUCUACAAAGAUGGGUCUGUACUUCUGCACCUGGGCGGUGUGGAGAUGGGUCAAGGGUUGCACACAAAGAUGAUCCAG